GGGACAGGCUGACUGGUAACAGGGUGAUCAGGAAUUAGUGAGUGAGAGUUUGACAGAGAACAGUGUGUGAUUUCAGCUCAUCAACCUGGUGAAUCUCUCCCCUCUACCCAAGGAGGAAGCACACUGAGACAGUGGUAUCAACCAGACUCUGACAGAGAAUUGGAAGAAAGUCAUGUAUUUACGCAGGCCAGAGACCCAGCCGUGAAGGACAAAAGGUGGUCUCCCCCUUCGGACAGGCCUCCCACCGCCCCCCACGCCAACCCUCACCACAGUGCCUCCCCAGAGGACCAGGAGAGUCCAGAGAGAGUGGUUCAGAAAGAGAAACUGCAUGCAGAGCUGAAGCAGGUGCUGAGUCUGAAGAGAAGCCACCUGAAAGAGACGUCUCAUUUGGCCCAAGCAGAGAUGGAUUCUUCAACAGACGCCCAAGCAGUGGAGGAGGCUGCAUCUGAGGUGGUGGAGGUUGUGCUGGAGACAGAGGCUGAGGCUGGAGCCAGCGGCUACAGUGUCACAGGUGGUGGGGAGCGAGGCCUCUUCAUUAAGGACGUCCUUAAAGACUCCACUGCAGCAAAGCAUCUAAGCCUCCAGCAAGGAGAUCAGUUGCUCAGUGCAAGAGUCUACUUUGACAAUGUGAAGUAUGAGGAUGCCCUGAAGAUCUUGCAGUGUGCAGAGCCUUAUAAAGUCUCCUUUUUCCUGAAGAGGACCAUCACCGGCGCUGAUGUCACCAUGCACCCUGGCACCACCAGCUUGGAACUGAAAGGACCCAAAACCAAGAUGCAGAAAAUGAGUGUCAAGAGCAUCAAACCUUUCAAAGCAAAGAAAAAGAAGGGAGGACGUUUUGGAUUGAAAAGGCUGAAGGAAAACAAGAAAGGGAGCACUGGAGCAGAGUUAGAGAUGGAUGGAUCCCCUUCCAAGGUGGAGCUCAACCCCAUUGACGUGGAGUUUGCCUUCCCCAAGUUCAAGCUGGGGAAGGAUGGGAAGGCAGAGGGAGCUGAGCAGCAUGGAGGAGUGGGCGCCACUGGCAGGAAGAAGAGGACGAUAACGUGUUCCAGGAUGAACGCAAAUGGUGCUGAGGUGGCUACAGGAGAAGUUGACAUAACAGAACCAGCGGGACAGGCUGACGUCUCCCUGCCAGUCGUGCCUGGAGCUAAGGUCAAAGUCAAAGGAAAGGGCCACAGGUUCGGAAUUCAUUUCCCUAAAACAAAAAAGACUAAAUCGGACACUGCCUUGUCUGGAGGGUCCCUGGACCUGAAACCUCCUGGUGUCAAGUUCACACCACCCUCAGUGGAAUUCAGUUUGCCAUCUGGAAACAAGGACGUUGACCUACAGAAACGAGAAGUGAAAGUCAAGGAGGGGUCAAAAUUGAUGCACAGAGAGGUAGAGCUUUCACUAGGACUCCCCUCCGCCUGUCACUCUGAUGAAAUUGAUGGUGAGAUAAAAGCAAAAGGUUUAGCUGAAGGAGUUGAAGGGUCAACAGCCCUAUCUGGCAUUAAAAUGCCAGUUAUUGACAUCUCUGCACCCAACAUAGAUCUGCAGCUGGACACCCGGCGUACAGUGCCAGACGAGAUAGAGGGACCCUUUUUUAAAGGGCCAAAUAUAUCCAUGCCCAAAACUGACAUCGCAUUACCAAAGAUUGGAUCGUCUAACAUGGAUAUUGAAGGUCCAGAAAAGGGUGGAAAAACUUGCCUGCCAAUUGUUGACAUUUCACUGCCAAAGAUGAUACCAGCAGAAGCAAACGUUGAUGUGGAAGGACACAUUGGAAAAGGAGGCAAGUUCAAAACGCCAACUUUCGAUGUUUCUCUUCCAAAAUUCAAGUCUCCAGAGGAGCAUACGAAUAUAGAGGGGCCUGAAGUCAAAGGGGAGUUCAACAUGCCAAAAGUUGACCUCUUACGCCCAAAAGGCAAAGCAGAGGGAGAGGUGGACAUUGAAGGAUACUUAGGAAAAGGAGGUCAAUUUCAGAUGCCCACAUUUGACAUUUCUCUACCAAAAAUGAAGUCAUCAGAGAGAGAAAGGAAUGUAGAAGGACCUGAAGUGAAGGGUGGCAAAAUGAAAAUGCCCUGUAUUGACAUAUCUCUCCCUGAAGGAAAAACAGAGGGGAAUAUUAACAUUGAGGGACAUUCUGGAAAAGGAGGCAAGUUCAAAAUGCCCUCAUGUGACAUUUCCCCUCCUAAAAUGAAGGGUGAUGCCAGUUUAGAGGGACCAGAAUUGAAAGGGGGAAAGUUUGAAAUGCCCCCACUUGAUAUUUCCCUUGCCAAAGGAAAAACAGAGGGUGAAGUCAACAUUGAUGCAAAUGUAGGAAAAGAAGGAAAGUUCUCUCUUCCAAAAAUAAGGUUACCAAAGGGUGACAUGAAAAUAGAAGGAUCUGAUGUGAAAGGCAUCACAUUUCAUAUGCCCACUGUAGAUUGUUCACUUCCAACAGGAACAACAGAAGGUGACAUGAGCGUCGAAGGAGAUGCAUCUAAAGGAGGAAAGUCUCACAAGCCUUCAUUUGAUAUUUCUGCUCCAAGAGUAAAGUUACCAGAGGGUAAAGCCAAAGUAGAAGGACCUGAAAUUAAAGGUGGAAAGGUUGAGAUGCCAAAAAUGGAUGUUUCCCUUCCAAAAGGCAACACAGCAGGAGAAGUUAACAUUGAAGGCCAUGUCAGUAAAGGGGGCAAGUUUAAGAUGCCCACAUUCGGCAUUUCUUUCCCGAAAUUGAAGUCACCAGAGGGUAAGGUCAACACAGAGGGACCUGAAGUCAAAGGAGGGAAGUUUAAAAUGCCUACAAUUGGCAUUUCACUACCAAAAGGAAAAUCGGAAGGUGACAUCAAUGUUGAAGGAGGUUCUGAAGCAGGAGGCAAAUUUCAUAUGCCCACAUGUGACAUUUCUCUUCCAGAAAUGAAGUCACCCGAUGCAGAUACCAGUUUAGAAGGACCAGAAGUCAAAGGAGGGAAGUGUCACAUGCCAACAAUUGACCUUUCCCUUCCCAAGGGAAAGGGAGCAAUUGACACUGAAGGACAUUCUGGAAAAGGAGGCAAGUUCCAAAUGCCAGCAUUCGAUAUAUCACUUCCAAAAAUGAAGACACCAGAUGGUGAAGUCAGCCUAGAAGUCCCUGAAGUCAAAGGGGUGAACAUUAAUAUGCCAACGAUGAACAUUUCUCUUCCAAAAGGAAAAAUGGAAGGUGAAGCUAAGGGACAUGCAAGCAAAGGGGGAAAACUUCACAUGCCCUCAAUUGACAUUUCCCUUCCAAAAAUGAAGUUGCCUGAAGGUGAAGUCAAAGUAGAAGGCCCCGAAGCCAAAGGUGGAAACAUUGAAAUGCCAUCGACUGAUAUUUCACUUCCCAAAGGAAAGAUGGAGGGGGGAAUUGACAUUGAAGGACAUUCUGGAAAAGGAGGAAGAUUUCAUAUGCCUACAUUUGAUGUUUCCCUUCCAAAAAUGAAGUCACUAGAACCAGAUGUCAGUUUAGCAGGACCGGACGCUAAAGGAGGGAAGUUUCAUAUGCCAACAAUGGACUUUUCCCUUCCCAAGGAAAAGGGUGAGAUUGACACUCAAGGACAUUCUGGAAAAGGAGGCAAGUUCCAAAUGCCAGCAUUGGAUAUAUCACAUCCAAAAAUGAAGACACCAGAAGGAGAAGUCAGCCUAGAAGGCCCUGAUGUGAAAGGUGGAAAGUUUAAAAUGCCAAAGAUUGAUAUUUCACUUCCAAAAGGAAAAACAGAAGGGGGAAUCGACAUUGAAGGACAUUUGGGGGGAAAAGGAAAGUUUCACAUGCCCACAUGCGACAUGUCUUUGCCAAAAAUGAAGUCAAAUGAUGGUGACAUGAAAUUAGAGGGGCCAGAAGUGAAAGGUAGUAAAAUACAUAUGCCUAAAAUUGACAAUUCUCUUCCAAAGGGGAAGGCAGAAUGUGAUAUUCAGGUUGACGGGCAUGGUGGUAAAGGCGGAAAGUUCCAGAUGCCCUCAAUUGACAUUUCUCUUCCAAAAAUGAAGUUGCUCGAGGGUGAAGUCAAAGUAGAAGGCCCUGAAGCCAAAGAUGGAAAGUUUGAAAUUCCAACAAUUGAUAUUUCACUCCAAAAGGGAAAAGCAGAGGGAGAAAUUGACAUGGAAGGACAUUCUGGAAAAGGAGGAAAGUUUCAUAUGCCAAAGUUUGAUGUAUCGCUACCAAAAAUGAAGCUCCCAGAGGGUGACAUCAAACUAGAUGGACCAGAAGGGAAAGGCAACAAAAUACAGUUACCUAACAUUGACAUUUCUCUUCCUAAAGGGAAAACUGAAGGAGAUAUUGAGGUUGAGGGGCAUGGUGGCAAAGGGGGCAAGUUUCACAUGCCCUCAAUUGACAUUUCCCUUCCAAAAAUGAAGUUGCCUGAAGGUGAAGUCAAAGUAGAAGGCCCCGAAGCCAAAGGUGGAAACAUUGAAAUGCCACCGAUUGAUAUUUCACUUCCCAAAGGAAAGAUGGAGGGGGGAAUUGAUAUUGAAGUUCAUUCUGGAAAAGGAGGAAGAUUUCAUAUGCCUACAGUUGACGUUUCCCUUCCAAAAAUGAAGUCACUAGAACCAGAUGUCAGUUUAGAAGGACCGGACGUCAAAGGAGGGAAGUUUGAAAUGCCAAAGAUUGAUAUUUUACUUCCAAAAGGAAAAACAGAGGGAGAAACUGACAUUGAAGAACAUUCUGGAAGUGGAGGAAAGUUUCAUAUGACCUCAUUUGAUGUGUCACUACCAAAGAUGAAGCACCCAGUGGGUGAUGUCAAAGAAGGCCUUGAAGUCAAAGGGGGGAAGUUUAAAAUGCCCAAAAUUGAAGCAGAGGUUAGGAGUGGAGUCAAGUUACCAACUGUUAAACUGCCAACAGUAGACGUAUCUGCACCAAAGGUUGACUUAGACUCUGGGCUGUCAAAAUCUGAAGGAGAUGAUAGGGAAGAGACGGAGCUACAAAAAGCAGAGGGUGAAAGGCCAUCCUCUGGGUCAAGUUCUGACAUGCCAGAUAUCUCUCUCAAAAUGCCAAGAUUUUCUCUCCCUAAAUUUGGUGGAAAGUCUAGUGGAGAUGUAAACCUAGAAGGAUAUGGCACAGAGGAUGAUAUUGAUAUUAGCCCCCCACGAACGGAUGGUGAGGGCAGACCAGCAUCAGCAGAAAUACGCGGAGAGGGAAAAAUAGAAGGUAAACUAAAGAAGCCCAAAAUGAAAAUGCCAAUGUUUGGAAUAUCUAAGAAAGAUGUAUCAAUAGCCAGCCCUGAUGUGGAAAUCAAGACACAAAAAGGGAAAGUGGACAUUCCAAAGCCAGGAAUCAGUGUAGAACAUCCAGAGGACAAAGCAAAUAGAAAAUAUAGACUAAAAUUCCCAAAGUUUAAGAAGUCAUCUCCUAAAGGUAAACUACCAGAGGGAGAAAUAGAUGUCUCAAUGGAUAGUGGAAUGGAAGGGAAAGGUGGCAUUCAUGCACCCGAUGAUACAAACAAAAUGCCAAAGUUCUCCAUGCCAGGGUUUGGCUCACAGGAGAUAGACUUUGACAGUAGUGGACCCAAUGCUGAACUAGAUGUCACAGGAAAGGUAAAAAUACCAUCAGUGGAGAUAUCCCUGCCAGCUGCCAAGAAAUCUGAGCAAGAAGUGUUACUCCCAAAGGCUGAGGUGGAUGUGUCUGAGGCUGACAUCAGAGGUUAUGAAGGAAACCUGAAAAUCCCUGAAAUGCCAACUAUUGAUGUAUCAGCACCCCAAAUUGACCUUGAUGUAACUCUGCCUAAAAUCAAGCAUGAAACAAAAAUUGAGGGGGGUGGAGGCAAAUUUAAGAUGCCAAACAUCAAAAUGCCUGAUAUAGAUUUAUCACUUCCUAAAGAAAAAACUGGGAACAUUGAUGCAUCCAAGGUUGAAAUUGAGGGAAGGGGUGGAAAAUUCAAGAUGCCUGUCAUUAAAAUGCCAAAGGUUGACAUAUCACUUCCAAUAGGAAGACAUAGAGCAAUGGAUGUAUCCACAGUGGAAAUUGAAGGAGAAGGUGUAAAAUUCAAGAUGCCACAUAUGGAAAUGCCAAAUGUUGAUAUAUCACUUACCAAAGGAAAAAGUGGAGGGAUUGAAGGGCCAGAGAUGGAAAUUGAAGGAGGGGGCGGAAAUGUCAAAAUGCCACAUAUGAAAAUGCCUGUGGUAGACUUAUCACUUCCAAAGGGAAAGUAUGGAGACAUAAGUGCACCAGAAAUGGAAAUGGAAGGAGGAGGAAAAUUGAAGAUGCCACAUAUGAAAAUACCAACGGUCGACUUAUCACUUCCGAAGGGAAAGUCUGGAGACAAAAGUGCACCAGAAAUUGAAAUGGAAGGAGGAAGAGGAACAUUCAAGAUGCCACAUAUAAAAAUGCCAAAUAUUGAUGUAUCACUUCCCAAGGGAAAAAGUGGAGAGAUUGAAGGACCAGAGGUGGAAAUUGAAGGAGAGGGUGGAAAAUCCAAGAUGCCACAUAUGAAAAUGCCAAAUGUUGAUAUAUCAAUUCCAAAAGGAAAAAGUGGAGAGGUUAAAGGACCAGAGGUGGAAAUGGAUGGAGAUGGUGGAAAAUUCAAGAUGCCACAUAUGAAAAUGCCAAAUGUUGAUAUAUCACUUUCAAGAGGAGAAACUGGAGAGAUUGAAGCACCAGAGAUGGAAAUUCAGUCAGAGGGAGGAAAGUUCAAAUUGCCAAAGGUAGAUAUAUCACUUCCGAAAGGAAAGUAUGGAGAAAUUAGAGCACCAGAAAUGGAAGUCAAAGGAGGAAAUUUCAAGAUGCCACAUAUGAAAAUGCCAAAUAUUGCCAUAUCACUUCCAAAAGGAAAAAGUGGAGAUGUUAAUGCACCUGAAUUGGAAAUGGAUGGUGAGGGUGGAAGAUAUAAGAUGCCAGAAAUCAAACUGUCAAAUAUAGAUAUUACAAUGCCAAAGGGAAAUUCUGGUGACAUUGAUGCUGAAAUCAAACAGCCCAACGCUGAGGCAGAAGGAAAGAUAAAAAUGCCUUUGAUUGGUUUACCAAAGUUUACAACUCCCGACCUUGAUUUGGACAUGAAUGUUGGAAACCCCAACCAUGGAGCUGAGGUUCAUGGGAAAAGUUCAGACAAAACUGGUUCACAUUCUGAGGGAGACCAUAAGACGAAAAUCAAAAUGCCAACAAUAGACAUAGAGUGCCCAAAAGGAGAUCUGGAGCUGGAUAUAGGCUUCCAUAAAGCUGAGGGAAAGAAGGACAGAAAAAUAAUAGAGUUGCCUGACUUAGACCUUAAAACUUCUGGUACCAAAGGUAAGGGGCCAAAAGUCAAAAGCACCAAAUUCAAAAUUGGAUUGCCAAAAAUGAAGAACACUGGAGAUCAAUCAUUAGAUGCAACCACAAAGAAGACUGGAAAAGAGAAUGAAGGGGCCAGUGGUAGAUUUAUGAUUAAGAAGACAAAGCAUGGCAAAGGUGCAGAUGUGGCGGCAGAUGCGAAGGCAGUUGGUUCUGUGUUGCCAAACAUCUCCCUCCCAGAUGUGGGCUUCUCAGUAUCCAAAGGAGCCAGCCAAGAGGAUGAAGGUCAUGGUCCAGAGAUGAGUGCUAAAUUGCCAAAAUUCAAACUCCCUAAUGUGGAGAUCUCAGGUCCUUCAAUGACUGGCCAAGGAGUAGCACAAAUCAACAGCGGACAACAAGAAAACAAAGAUGGUAUCAAGUUUCAAAUGCCAAAGGUUACUCUACCGUCUGGGGGGCUGAAGAGCAAACAAGGCUCUGCCGAGCCCAUUGGCACAGAUGCCGGCACAGAGAAUGGAUUCACAUUACCUAAUCUUGGAAUCAAAGUCCUCAAAAUACCAGAUAUAGACUUUGAUAUUGGAGCAUCUCAAGCUGAGGACCACGGGGCAGAUACAAGUACAAGACAAAAAAUCAAAAUACCCAAGUUCGGGGUGGCUUUACCUGCUAUGUCUUCACCUGAAGCUAGAGUACAUUUGAAGGACCCAGAGGUUGAGUAUGAAGGACCUAAAAUGCCCAAAGUUAAAAAAGCUGUAUUUGUUUUGGUGAAUCCCCAAACAGACCACUCCACUAUGUCCACUAUGUGUGAAGCAAGUGUCGAGUCUGGAGAGGCUAAAAUCAGAAUGCCAAAGAUCAAAAUGAAGCCAUCGUUUGGAAAGUCAGGAUCCAAGGAAAAGAGUGUUGCUUUGAGCAUUGAAGGAGACGUGGAUAGAGAUGACAAGUCAAAGGGAGCAAAGCAAAAGAUUCCCAAAGUCACCUUCUCUCCAGGCAAAACAGGUUCAUUUGAUGUAACCCUAAAAGGUGAGGAGGGGUCUAGUUCCAGCCUCAAUGGUGAGAAGGUUUCAACAUUCCAGAACGGAUCCAAGGAGGAUAAAGCUAAGUUUGUGAAGCUCAAGCUUCCAAAGAUAGAGUUCUCCUCGCCAUACUCAAAAAUAGGCAGUGGAGAAGAGGACCUUGAAAUGAGUGCUAAGCUUGUCAAGGAUUCCUCAGGAACUGACGGAGAAACCAAGAGGAAGAAAGUGAAAUCAGGCAAAAUGUCCUUCCCGGGAUUUAAGAAGAAGACAUCAAAAGGAGAGGAGGAAACUCAAGACAGUGUGGUGUCCUCAUCCGCCAGGACGGAAAUGCUAGAUCAGGAUAGUUCAGAAUCAACAACGGCCAUGGUCUCCAUUGGCAUUGUUCCAGGGAAGUCUAGGGGGCAGGCAGAGGCUGAGAGCAACAAGAAGGAGCUGGAAGGAAAGCAGUCAACCUGGUUCAAGGCCCCAAAAUUCAACCUGAAACCCAACUCAACAGGAAUUCUCCUCAUUACACCAGAAGGUUCUCCCCAGGGCAGCAGAUCCUCGCUCCAAUGCCAGGGUGUAGAUGAAACUGCAGGUACCUUCCGGCUCCAGAUGCCAAGCACGGGGUUCUCCACGCAGGAGGUGUCUGAGGAGAAUGUUACCACAACAAAGGAGGGAACCGUAACUGUGGUAACAAAGACGACAAAAAAUACGGUAACCGAGUCCAGAACUGGUCAAACCCACACAUCGCUAUCCCAUUGUAAUCACUGAAGAGAUGUGAGAGUAAUAUAUUUUCCCUCUGUCCUGAUGUGACGACUGUUUUUUGUAAAUGUUCCUCCAUGUUUUCUUUCUAUUUCAGUCUUUAUCGUCUUUGAUCAUUUGAGUGGUUUAAAUCUGAAUGUCAAUUCAUUAUGUAUUGUUGUUGAUAUUUUUUUUAAUGCAAAAAUACCACACAUUUUCAUUUCCCAAAGGAAAUGUCUAUUUCCAACGCCUUCCCAUUUGAUAUACCAACAUUUACUUGAUGAUUGUAGAAUUAGACUGACAAAGAACACAAACCAAUUUACCAAAAGCAAUUUGUAUGUAAAUACGUUGACAUGUUGCCUGCUUACUUAAUGAAAUAUGUAAUUAUUUUCAUAUUACCGAUGAUUGGAAUAGUAUUAAGGAUAGUAGUGAUUUGUGUUAAUGUAACUGAGGCUUGAGGAUGGUGUGAGAUUUGUGGUUUAAUCAUUUACUUACUUCAGCUUGUUUUUUCUUUUUGAUAUAUGAAGAUUGUUUGUAAUUAUACCAUACAUUGAAAUGUAAGCUAUAAAGGCUUCUACAAUGCAAUCCAUUUCAACACUCUCUAUGAGAAUCAAGCUAAGUAGACAAAACCUAAAAGAAUAGGAAACUAUCAUCUGAUAUUAAGCCAUGGUUUAAAGAAACAGAUUGAAAUAUUUAAAAAUGAAUGCAAAACCUCUUGGACAAAACAAUGUCUCAAUGUCUCCAUUUUCCUUUUUGGUGAGUUAGAAAGUAGGAAUUCAAUGUGUGUGCUCUACUGCAUGGGAAGAGUCCCAGCAAUCAUCUGUCAAACAAGUUUACAAAGUUUUCCUUAACCAGAUUUAACGCCUGUUGGAGCUGAAAAUUUGAAAUAACCAUCUAGAAUGGUGCAUGACAAGGAGAGAACAUGUACAUGACCAGAUAACACAGUUUAACAGUGUUUAUACGUAUAGAGAGAUUUUUUUACAAAUACCUUUGUGCUUAUGAUUUCAGUGCUUAUGGUUUCACAAUAAGCAGUUUUCAAAGCAAAGUGUUAUCAAAGUGGCAUUAUCAAUAAUGUUGUUAAGAGAUCAUAUUAUUAAUAAACCUAAUAUAAAAAUGUAAAAAAGUUGUAUCGUCUUCCAAAUGAUUCUCUUUCUAGGCGAACAGCACCCUCUCCUGUCAAAUACAGCAGACAUUUCAAACAUACUUCCUCGCCUUAUCACAACAUAGUCGUGGGCCUUUUAUCAAUUCCAAUUGUCCUGCAUCCUCUCUCCUCUGUCCCCUUCUCGCCUCCUUUUGAAAAAGGUCAAAGUUAUUUGAGGAGAGUCGGCGAGGAGAGUAAACAUGGAUGGAAAUGUGCUUUUGCGUGAAAUAGACGUAACAUAGUAAACGUAAAUCCGGGACACUUAAAUUAGUACCGAAUACAGGUAAGGUCUACACCUGUAUUCACUGAAGUAGCGUGCUCCGGCUAUCUUGUGUGUGAUGUCAUGCAGCAGCAUCAUGCUGUGGGGAUGUUUUUCAGCGGCAGGGACUGGGAGACUAGUCAGGAUCGAGGGAAAGAUGAAUGGAGCAAAGUACAGAGAGAUCCUUGAUGGAAACCUGCUCCAGAGCGCUCAGGACCUCAGACUGGGGCAAAUGUUCACCUUCCAACAGGACAACAACCCUAAGCACACAGCCAAUACAACGCGGGAGUGGUUUCGGGACAAGUCUCUGAAUGUCCUUGAGUGGCCCAGCAAGAGCCUGGACUUGAACCCGAUCUAAAAUCUCUGAAGAGAACUGAAAAUAGCUGUGUAGCAACGCUCCCCAUCCAACCUGACAAAGCUUGAGAGGAUCUGCAUAGAAGAAUGGAAGAAACUUCCCAAAUACAGGUGUGCCAAGCUUGUAGCGUCAUACCCAAGAAGUCUCGAGGCUGUUAUCGCUGCCAAAUGUGUUUCAACAAAGUACUGAGUAAAGGGUCUGAAUACUUAUAUAAACGUGAUAUAUUAUUUAAAAAAUAAAUAAACAAACAU